AAUGAAAAAAGACCAGCGAAAAAAGACCUACGAAAGAAAAAACAACGACAAAAAAUCAGGCGACUCGCACGCACGAGCGAGGCCUAUCCCGUCGCCACCGCCCGACGCCGCCAGCCCCGUCCUCCUCCCUGGCUCCCGGCGCCGCCCGCCCCCCAUCUCCUCCUGCGAUCCUGGCGUCGCCCCGCCCCACCUUCUCCCUCACUUCCGGCGCUACCUAUCGAUCCCCUCGACGACACAGAGCGGCCGUCCUCUCGUGCGAUCUCGCAGCCGCAUCCGCCAACGCCGAUCCGGGCAGACGCGGCCGUCGUGGAUCACGAGGAUCCGGAUGAUGGGGGCGUGGAGAUGGCCAUGGAUCUGUUACGGCGACGACGGCGCCGGAUCCGCACCCGCAACAUCCGGAUGGAGGCCGGCGACGAACCCUAGCCUAGCCGUCAGCAUCGGGAUCCAACCCCUUCUCUCGGUGUUGGGGCAAGGCGUAUGGGGGUGCUUGUUGCGGCGGUGGACCUCGACCCGGCGACAUCUGCAGCAUCUCCCUCCCGUCGGGCUGCAGGACCUGUACGCCCAAGAGAUGUGAUGUAUGCACCUCAUGGUACACAUAGGGUUUUGAUUUGCUUUCCUUGACUGCAGAAGAUGUUAUUAUGAUGAGCCAGGUCAUGGUACACAGGCUAACUAAACAAGCUUCUGUUGUUUUAUUGUUGGUCGUUCCCGUCCACUGCUGCCAACAGUCAAUUUUCUGCAGGGUUUUUAUUUCUUUCUCUUCCAUCGAAAGCUCCUUUUUGCCACUGAUUAAUUAGUUGAUGCAUGUGGAGAUUUUCGAU